GCUGACUGACCGCUUUAGCUGCUGUCAACAAAUGCAGCUCGUCCGCCUCCGACCGGCCAGUCCUCCUCUCUCCAGCUUUUUCCUGAGUUUGGCUCUGCUUCUGUUUACUGCUUGCUCUCUUCACACCUUUCUGCUGAGUGACCCUCGCCCACUCGUUCCAACUUCUUCCGUAUAGCUCCGCCCCACUGUCUCUGCUCAAGUUUGCUAUAAGCCAGGAUGGCUUGGCGUCUUCUCCGGUGCCUGGCCCCCGUGGCCCCGGUUGUGUCCUUGGCGAUGCGCCAGCACAGAAGGACCACCUUGAAUGUGGGGCGGCUCCUUAAUGUCACAUCACCAGCUUCACUAGGGACAUGCCGCUCGAAGAAGACGUGGCCCAAAAGCUUUCCUCAGGAGGAGCUGAGGAAGCGCCUGACUCCCAUGCAGUAUCAUGUCACUCAGGAGAAAGGCACAGAAAGUGCAUUCAGAGGAGAGUAUGCAGACCACAAAGAAGAAGGAACGUAUACCUGUGUUGUUUGCGGAACCCCUCUGUUCAAGUCAGAUAAAAAAUUUGAAUCGGGCUCAGGAUGGCCAUCAUUUUUUGAUCUGAUCAAAGAGGAAUCUAUAACAACUAUGGAUGAUUUCUCCUAUGGUAUGCACAGAGUGGAGACUGCCUGCAGUCAGUGUGGCGCUCACUUGGGACAUCUCUUUGACGACGGACCGCGGCCAACUGGGAAGCGCUACUGCAUAAACUCCGCCUCCCUCAGCUUCCAGCCCAAAGACGCUGCUGCUGAAGGGGUCGAACCAAGCGGAGGAGCCACAGGCCAGUCAGCGUCCUGUAGUAAGAGUGAGCUUUGAGAGGAACUUUUGGAGACCAAGCAAAUAUCAAACCCUCAGACCCUUGGGGGUACAUCCCUUUAAAAAUCACCUGGACUACCAAACCCAGAUUAAACCUGACAUGUUACAGGUAAGCCUAGCAAUAAGACGAGAACACCCUUACCUUAAAUAUCUGGUCUGGUCCUCCAUGAACCAGAAAACUAUUUUUUUAGUAGCAGAACAUCAACAGCAUCAUUUCAAUGGCCUUGGCUGGUUUGCCUCCUCAAGUUAACUGCCCAUCAGAAUGCACCUAUGCCUAAAUGUUCGAGAUGUCUGUAAAGUGAACCCGCUCUCCCGGAAAUCUGCACUACUGCUUUUAUCAUCCACUAGGAGGUUUUGAUAGUGGAAGACUAUGGACUGUGGGAUUUUCUCCUCAAACAUAUAGCAGGAUGCUGUUGCUUGUAAAUGAAUUAUAUAUGUGUACUUUCUCAGAGUGAUGUGUUGUUUUUGAAGUGAUAUUUGAUACCGGGAGGUCAUGGGUUUCAGGAAAAUGCUAUGCAAAGUGCUCCUGUAAGCGGUAAAAUAAGCAUCAAGCAGAGAACAAAGCAUUCUUUCAAAUAAAAUGGAACAGAUGACAAAUGUUUAGUCUGAACACAAAUGUAGCCUGACUUUUAAGGGUGCUUUUUGUCUCCCUGUUGGCGGUGCCUCUUUUUUUCCUCUUGGAGUGGAUUUUUUUGUGAUAGGGGGAGGGGUGUUGAUUUACUGAUGGUGUUGACAAGUGUUAUUAAAGAAUUAUUGAGUACA